AUGGCCUGCCACAGCCCAUUGCUGCUUCUCCGCCGCCGGCGCGGCAUCCCCACCCCCUCGUCCCUCCUCGUCCUCCUCCGCCACCGCCCCUUCGCCUCCUCUCCCUCUCCACCCUCACCCCCCUCGUCCGCCUCCUCUAAGCCCCCCGCCCUCUCGGCCCGCCUGUCCUUCGUCUUCGACCAGCUCGACGCCCUCGACCGCUCCCGCUCCUCCGAGCUCUCGGCCCGCGACGCCGCCCUCCGCCGCAUCCAGUCCUGGCGCCGCCCCGCGCCGCCGCCGCUGGAUGCAGAGCCGGGCCCGGAGCCGGAGCCGGAGCUGGAUGGUCAGAAGGAAGCUGCUCCGGCGGCGGCAUCUGCCGAUGAGGUGGGGAGGAUGAGCAUGGAGGAGAUGCUGCGGAGGGAGGUGGAACUGGUGCACCCCUGGCCCGAAUGGAUCGAACUGAUGGAGCGGCUUGCUCAGCAGAGGUACUUCGACCUUGGCCGGGCCUGUGGUGCCGAUGAGAGCUCCAUGGCUGCCGCGGUGCCCUUGGACCUCUCAGAGGUCAGUGAGGAGGCGGGGUUCGACUUCUCCAGAGACUGGACUACUGUCAAGAACGCCUGCAUGAACUUCGGCCGAGACCGGUUCGACAUCCUCAAGUCAUUGCCUAGGAAGGAUCUUCAGAUAUUGGUCGGCCAUGGGUGCCCUAGCAUGGAUGCAAAAGUGGUGUUUUCUGCAAAACUGAUAAGAAAACGUGUACAUCUUGAUGAGGGCGAUGUAUGUAGUUCUUGUAAUUUACGAAAUGUAUGCACGAGGGGCUAUAUCCUUACACGUAAAGAAGAUGAAGCUCGGACUCUUGAUGUUAUGCGCAUUUUGUUGAUCUAUGGUUUUGAUCACGUAAAGGAAACUGUAGAGAACAAACCUCUGCUCAAAUUAAAAUCUUUGAAGACUGCUGUUCGGAAAUUGAUACAUGAGAUUGUCAAGUUGAGUGCUGUUCCUAUUGAUCCUAAUAUCCCGCCCCCUGUAAUAAAGAAGCCUCCUCCUAAAGUGAAGCAACCACCUCCACCACCAAAGAAGCGAGUGGGACGUGAUGAUGUUGAGAUGAAGAAAGGAGAUUGGCUCUGCCCUAAGUGUGAUUUCAUGAAUUUUGCAAAAAACACUGUUUGCUUGCAGUGUGAUGCUAAGCGUCCCAAAAGGCAGCUCCUCCCUGGAGAGUGGGAAUGCCCUCGGUGCAAUUUCUUGAACUAUAGGCGGAAUAUGUCAUGUUUCCAUUGUGAACACGACCGUCCUGCAGAUGAGUACUCCAACAGCCAAAUGGAAGCAAAGCAAUCUGCACUGCAGAAAAGAUUGGAAAGACCUCCACGCAAGCCUGAUGUUUCUAGUGCAUGGAACUUUGAUUUUGAUGAUAACGAGUCAGAUGGUGCAGAUGUUGCUGCAUUUGAGUUUGCUGAUUCAUCUAAGGCAAGGGAGAGCUCAUCAGCAGACAGCGUGUCUUAUAGAGGUGCUUCUAAGGGCUCCGAGGAUGAGGAAUAUAGAAUGGCUGAAACAAUGACUACAGGACGAGGGAAUAAGUUCUCAGAAAGAGAUAGCUUGCCAUCUUCAAGAAAUGGUUUUGAUGAUUUUGAUGAUGAAGGGGAUGACAUUGACAGUUAUGAACUUGACUUGUCAAAAGGUAGUCAGACAGGUGGAGUGUCAAGGAUGAGUUAUUCAGAUCUUGAGAAUGCUUCUGAUUCAGAAGGUUUUAGUGAAAUUGAUAGUAAUAGAGAGUCCACAUAUGACAAUAGUAGAGAGUCCAGAUAUGAUAAUAGUAGAGAGUCCAGAUAUGAUAAUAAUAGAGAGUCCAGAUAUGCAGCCAAGGAUGAGGAUGAAUUUGAGGAUCACCCUUCCCUGAGAUCGACUCAUCUUGCUGAUUCCUGGCAUAAAACCAGAGGCCGGAGUUGUUCAAAUAACUAUAGAAGGGCAUCUUUCGGAUCAGAGAAUGAUGAUGGGAUCAAUUCUGAUCUGGACGAGGACAUUGACAAAGGUCUCAGAAAUAAUGGAAGCCGUAGUCAGGGAAGUCCUAACAGAGCUUCUGUUAGGCACAAUGCACUUGCCUACGGUGAUGAUGAACCAUUUUCUGAUGAUGUGGAUUCUGGUAUGGUUGAUCGGUUCCAGUCUAGGAGGACUAAGUCUUCGGUGAACGUCAAGGAUAACUUCCGUGACACAAGACGUAACUUGAAUGGAAGACAGUCUAGUGGGGACCGUUAUGGUAGGACAGAACGGAAUGAGCGGUUCAACGAUUUUGAUAUGCACCGCAGCGGUUCCUUGGAUAAGAGUCGCAGAACUAGGGGUAAUCAGCUAGGUAGUGGUUCAAGAGGUUUACAAAGAAAUGUAAGAAGAAAUUGGGAUAGAAGUGGUGGCUUUGACGGCAGGCACUCAGGCAUUUAA